ACUCUCAACGCCAGCCUCUUCCAUUGCUCUUUCCCUAGCAAUGGCACUCUUCUGCCUCCCCGAUCUGCCUGAGAGCCUCCUGCACGCGGCGGACUUAUUCUCAUCUGCCUCAGCUCGCCGUCCUCCUGCUGUCGCACAGCGGCGCGACUACCACGACGCCGCUCGCUUCCCUCCUGCCGACCUCCUCUCCUCCCAGUUCUCUGUAGUGCGCGUCCUCCACGCCGACCUCGCGUGUGCGCCGCCUGCCCCUUCACACCAACGCCGCCACCUUGCCGCCGUCCCGGCGAGCCACCAGACAGCUGCCGCUGGCCUCUCCAUUCUCCGUCGCGCCUGUCUACCCUCCGCCUCCCCUUGCUUCCGUGACGUGGCCUCCAAUAUUGCAAAGGUCUCUGCUCCAAAUGUCUGCUGAGCAUCUUCUUCAAUGAGCCAAAAUCAAUCGCUUGGUGCAGUUCCAGUUUGUGCUUACUAUACAAUACUAAUUUCUAAGAGGCUACAUCUCAAGAAGGGUGUAGGGGCAUACAGGUGAGUUGAGAAGCGCGCACAGACAGAGCAAACAACCCAGACUGAAAAAGGGGAGAAUUUGGUAUGGCUAUAGGCGAAUCUAGCUGCUAGAAGUUCAAACUAUAUUUGUGUUAGUUUACUUUUCCUUUCUCAUAGAAGAAACAGACUGCCUAAAAGUAAAGUUUCUGCUAUCUUCAUCGUAAGAGUCAUUGACCUAUGUGAUAUGUUCUGUCAAAUUAACAUACUGCUGCCAAGUAUGUGCCUUUGGCUCUAUUUAAUGAAAACGGGAUGCAAAUUUGUCAUGCAUGGAAACAGAUAAGAAAAGUACCUGAUGUAAACCUGACUUGUCAAACAGCUUACUUGAAUUGAA